CCCACAAUGCACAGCGGUACAGCCACGUAAACGUGACCAAUCGCUGCAGGCAGCUCCCUGCAAGACUUUCAGGUUUCUACAUAACAGAUAUCUGCAUGAUGCUCCUCUCCUUCGGCAGAUAUUCGCUGCUUCAUAACGGGCCCAGUUUUUCCUAGCUGCCUCCGGUGAGACAGCCUCAUCUCUAAAAUGUCGGUGGUGUUGUUUGCCUCCGUGGUUCGCGUUGUGGACGGCCUGCCUCUCUCAGCGUCCACCGACUAUGAGCAGGACAAAGAGCUUCAGGAGACAAAGAGACAUCUGAAAGGUCUCUCCCGGAAACUCGGCCAGUUCCCUGACCGCUGCACCUUUAAGUCUGGCUCUUACAACGUUAAUUUCACGUACUCUCUGGGUGUGGGGUACCUGAUGGUGUGCACUGCUAGUUACCCCAACGUGCUGGCCUUCUGCUUCCUGGACGAGCUGCAGAAGGAGUUUAUUGUCACUUAUGACCCCAAACGGAUCAGCAGCGCCGUGCGGCCGUACUCCUUCAUUGAAUUUGACACCUUUAUCCAGAAAACCAAGCAGCGCUACAACAACCCGCGCUCCCUGUCCACCAAGAUCAACCUGGCUGACAUGCAGACAGAGAUCAAGCUGCGACCGCCCUAUCAGCUCUCCCCAGAGGAUCUGCAGGCAGUCAAUGGCUUCUCAGCUCGCACAGCAGCUAAAUACAAGGGCAUCGCUCCCACUCAGAUGUUGGAACCAGCAACACUUCCAGGCGUCGUGUCCUGUGUGCUCACUGUCCUCUGUGGAGGGCUGAACCUGCUGCGAGGAGUCCACGCCAUAGAGAGCAUCCUACAGAAUGAUGACGAAGACUUUAAUUAUGUGAUUGCCUUCUUCCUGGGCACGGCGGCCUGUCUGUAUCAGUGCUACCUGUUCCUCUACUUCUCUGUCUGGAGGAACAGUAAGUCCUUCCUGGCAUUUGCACUCAUCUGCCUGUCCAACAUGUAUCUGUAUGAACUGAGGAACAUUUGGCAGAUUCUCUUCCAUGUGGCUGUGGGGGCCUUCACAACACUGCAGAUAAGACUGAGGCAACCUCUGGGCAAAGCACCGGACUACAACGUCUGACGAAGUCAACUAAAGGACUUGUGGAGUGGGAAGCGCGACAGUUCCCGGGACAAAGUGGGCAGGAACCAAGCCUAAAGCAGGAGACGCACCAAGCCUGAGACAUUUAUGGAGCUGAUGAGACGGAUGCUUAAGCGUCUACUCCACCUUUCUGAGAUGAUUUAAAGAUUUUUGGGUUGUUUUGCACAGCCGAGGUGCUGACGGAGCAUUUUGCUAACUUAUUCACCAAACUUUCUGUUUGAGGUUCCAGAUUUAAACAAACAAUCGUGGAGAUUUUCAAAUCAGCUACAAGAGGUGCUAAUCUGGGCGAGAAUGGAGUCAAAUAUCAGGAUUUAUCUGUGUUGAACCCAGAUUUCUAAACAAGCCAGUGCUACAAUAAUGAAUAAAUAAAUGAAUUUGUACAGGA